CCCUCUUUCUUAUCCCCUCCUGAUUCCAAACAUGACUGGGCAGCAGGUUUUGUUUGUUGGCCGUCUGCUCACGUUGCCAGAAGGUGCAGUUCUGGGGUUACAGUUGUGAUUUUAGCUAUUAUAUUAGCAGGAAAAAAAAAAAAAUGACUUGUUUCUGUUGUACUUGAGUCUUAAGAAAAGUGCCCAUAGUGUAGUGACAAUUUCCAAAGGCUUUAGUACCACCUGUAUUUCAAAAUGGGGGACCCAAACUCCCGGAAGAAACAAGCUCUGAACAGACUACGUGCUCAGCUUAGAAAGAAAAAAGAAUCUCUAGCUGACCAGUUUGACUUCAAGAUGUAUGUUGCCUUUGUAUUCAAGGAGAAGAAGAAAAAAGCAGCACUUUUUGAAGUGUCUGAAGUUAUACCAGUCAUGACAAAUAAUUAUGAAGAAAAUAUCCUGAAAGGUGCGCGAGACUCCAGCUAUUCCUUGGAAAGUUCCAUUGAGCUUUUACAGAAGGAUGUGGUACAGCUCCAUGCGCCUCGAUACCAGUCUAUGAGAAGGGAUGUAAUUGGCUGUACUCAGGAGAUGGAUUUCAUUCUUUGGCCUCGGAAUGACAUUGAGAAAAUUGUCUGUCUCCUGUUCUCUAGGUGGAAGGAAUCUGAUGAGCCUUUUAGGCCUGUUCAGGCCAAGUUUGAGUUUCAUCAUGGUGACUAUGAAAAACAGUUUCUGCAUGUACUGAGCCGCAAGGACAAGACUGGAAUUGUUGUCAACAAUCCUAACCAGUCAGUGUUUCUCUUCAUUGACAGACAGCACUUACAGACUCCAAAAAACAAAGCUACAAUCUUCAAGUUAUGCAGCAUCUGCCUCUACUUGCCACAGGAACAGCUCACCCACUGGGCAGUGGGCACCAUAGAGGAUCACCUUCGUCCUUACAUGCCAGAAUAGAGACUGAUCAGCAAAAUGGAGAAGAUCAGAGAAUGCAGCAGCAGUUUUUUUUUCUUGUUUUCUUACCACUUUAUUCUUUCAGCGUUUAAGGAAAAUGGACUCAUGCACAGAACACUAUGCAUUCAUCCUGGAUUUUUUUUUUUUUUUAGUCAUUUGAAUCUCAGAACUUAAAACAAAAUUGGAUGUCUUCUGCACAGACUGUGUGAAAGAAGAUGCUUUGCAUAUUUGCUGCACUGCAUCAGCAUCUUACUAAAAAUGUGAAAUGAAAGGACUACUAUACACUGAAAUGCUUAAAUGUGUCUGAAAGCACAAGGUGAUAACUCACUUUUGAUGGUCUUCCCAAUUGUCCUGGGUUUUGCCUCUGACAUCUGUCAUCAGUAUUUAGAGGGUGAAAAGUGAAUGUAACAGGUAUAAAUAACAUUUUAAAAAGCUUGAUAGCUUUGAUAUCACUGUUCCAGAGCACCAUCAGAUUCAUUCUAAUGACCAGAAUUGGUUGUUUAAAAAGAAUACAACCAUGGGAAAGAAAUCUUAAGUGAAAAAAAAACAUCUCAUUGUAGGCAUUCUUGCCUCAUCUUACUGGGCCGUAUUUGUUUCCUGGUACUCAUGUAUUUUUUUCCCAGAUCUCUUUCCCCAAGUUGCUGUUACAGAUUUUUCUGCUGAGCGUGGCUGCAGUUGUACACCUUAAAGCAGAUCUGGAGUCUGAAGUAGCUAAUGCAGCUAUAAAACUGAGAAAUACAAAGCUGCAAAAACCAUAGUAGGUAGGACUUUGCUUUUUGGUUUUAAAGAGAAGAGAUUUUAAUGACAAAAUUCCAGUGAUUGUGCAGAAAUAUUGGUUUCUACACCAUUCUAAAGAAAAACUACCAGAGUUUUUGGAGUAGAAAAAGUUUUGGAAGUUGAGAUCUUAAAUUGUAAAAACAAAACAAAAAAACAUGAGUGUCAAAGUUCUAAAAGCAGAACUCAUUUUGUGCAAUGAACAUAAGGAAAGACUACUGUAUAGUUUUUUUUUUUUUUCCUUUUAAAUGAAGAAAAGCUUUGCUUAAGGGUUGCAUACUUUUAAUGGAGUAAAUCUGAAUGAUCCUACUCCUUUGGAGUAAACUAAUGCUUACCAGUUUCCAAUUGUAUUUAGCUUCUGGUUGGAAUUUGAAAAAAUGAAAACCUAAAUAAAAUAGGUGGAAGUUCCCUGACUAUUCAGGUGAAUACACAA